AUGUGGAGGGAGGUGUAUGAAGAAAUUGAUAGGAUGAUCCCCCUAGACAUUAUUGAGAAAAAAUGGAAAAAUAUUAAGGAUACUUUCCUUAAACAUUUGAAAACAUAUAAGCCAUCUGGAGGAGGUGUAGAUGAAAGGAAGAAAUGGAAACAUUUUGAAUGUAUGUAUUUCUUGGCAAAUGUAAAUUCUAACAGAAAAACAUUUGGCAACUUUGAAACGGUGGAAACAGAAGUCGACCUUUCGGCUCCAAGCACCUCAAAAACACCAGACCUUUUGACACCAAAGACCUCAAAAAUCGAGUCGAAAACACUAAUCAACAGCCCUGACAUCACAACAUCCAGAAACAAGAGACAAAAAAAAAGAGAUCAAAGUGAUCAACUACUGAUGGAAAUUCUACAGCAGCCAGCUCCUACAAGUCAUGCUGCUCCUGUAAUUAGUCCUGCUUUGAUGGCAGUACAGGAAUUGCUCAAAAAAAUGCCACAGAGGAUUAGGAUGGAGGCAGAAAUAGAUUUCUUAAACAGAUUUUACCAGCUGUAUGCUGAACAUUCUUAA